UCUAAAACUGGGGGGGCUUAACCAAGAGGCCUAAUUGUGCUUUUGCGCAUGCGCCCAGUGCACGUUCAUCACCCGACUGCAUCCGUAUCACAAUGUCUCUGAUAGCGUGGCUGCGGAAAGCGCAACAACCGGAUGGAAGUGUAACUAACUAUCCCACUGGCAUUGACCAUGAAAGCAAUGUCUCAGGUGAAGAAGACGCCCAAGAGCACGCCCAAACUAGCAACGUGGCUGGACCAGCCUCUACAAGUUCUGAAAGCGGCCACCACUCUCACCAGCCCGACGCAACUGAUGCCUCCGAGACAAGACCGGUUGCUGGCGCCCAGCCUCAGCCCACCUUGAUGCCUUGGAGUCCUCACCAACCCUUGCUGUCCUUCCCAUAUCGCACAUUUGCUAAGCAGCAGCGAGCAUUCUGUUCUUCUUGGUAUAGAAGAUACCCGUGGUUGCAUUAUCAAGAAGCAGAUGACAAAGUCUUCUGCUUCUACUGCCAGGUGGCGGAGAAGAAGGACUUAGGCUCAGUUGCUCUGCGCGCUGGGAACUUGGACGAUAAAUUCGUGAGAACUGGCUUUACAGACUGGAAGAAAGCACUCACUAAAUUUGAAAAACAUCAGAAAUCAGUCUUUCAUCGUGAUGCUAUGGAUAUGGUGGUUGGCAAGGAACAGAAUGUUGGGCAAAUGCUAGGGAAAGGUUAUGCAGAAGAAAUGGUUGAGAAUAGGAAUAUGUUACAGAUAAUUAUUAGUUGCAUUUGA